CAGUGAUAAGACUACAGCGAUGGCAAGAACCAAGCAGACCGCUCGUAAAUCCACCGGUGGUAAAGCCCCGAGGAAGCAGCUCGCUACUAAAGCCGCCCGGAAGAGCGCCCCAGCCACCGGCGGCGUCAAGAAGCCCCACCGUUACAGGCCCGGUACCGUGGCUCUCCGAGAGAUCCGCCGCUAUCAGAAGUCCACCGAGCUGCUGAUCCGCAAACUGCCUUUCCAGCGUCUGGUGCGAGAGAUCGCUCAGGAUUUCAAGACGGACCUGCGCUUCCAGAGCUCCGCUGUCAUGGCCCUGCAGGAGUCCAGCGAGGCUUAUCUGGUCGGUCUGUUCGAGGACACCAACCUGUGCGCCAUCCACGCCAAGAGAGUCACCAUCAUGCCCAAAGACAUCCAGCUGGCCCGCCGCAUCCGCGGAGAGCGCGCUUAAACCCGCCGCUGACAAACACCCCAAAGGCUCUUUUAAGAGCCAC